AUGUGCGCCAUCCUCCUGGCGCCAAUGCUCUUCAUGGGCAUGAUUCCCUCGGCACGCGCUCAGGACACUGAGGCGGCCAAGGACACUGGUGUCACUGGACCAGUCAUCGGUAUCGAUCUCGGAACCACCUACUCUUGUGUCGGCAUCAUGAAGGGCGGACAAGUCGAAAUUCUCGUCAACGAUCAGGGUAACCGGAUAACGCCAUCUUGGGUGGCAUGGAACGAUGAGGAGCGUCUCGUUGGAGAUGCGGCCAAGAACCAGUUCGCAUCGAACCCACACCGGACAAUCUUCGACAUCAAGCGUCUCAUUGGGCGCAAGUUCGAUGACAAGGACGUUCAGAAGGACAUGAAGCACUUCCCAUUCAAGGUUGUCAACAAGGGCGGUCAACCCCGUGUCCGUGUUGAAGUUGCUGGCGAAGACAAGACCUUCACCCCUGAGGAAGUCUCCGCCAUGAUUCUCGGAAAGAUGAAGGAGGUCGCCGAGUCCUACCUCGGAGAGAAGGUCACCAACGCAGUCGUCACUGUUCCAGCCUACUUCAACGACGCUCAGCGUGCCGCCACUAAAGAUGCCGGCGCGAUCGCUGGUCUCAACGUUCUCCGUGUGGUCAACGAGCCCACCGCCGCCGCCUUGGCCUACGGCCUCGACAAGACCGACAAGGAACGCCAGAUCAUCGUCUACGAUCUCGGUGGUGGUACUUUCGAUGUCUCCGUCUUGACCGUCGACCAGGGUGUCUUCGAGGUUCAAUCUACUGCCGGUGAUACCCAUCUUGGUGGUGAGGAUUUCGACCAGCGUGUCGUGGACUACUUCGUCAAGAGCUACAACAAGAAGCACAGCACGGACAUCACAAAGAACGCAAAGACCAUGGGUAAGCUCAAGCGCGAGGUCGAGAAGGCCAAGCGUUCGCUUUCCAGCCAAAUGAGCACCAAGAUCGAAAUCGAGGCCUUCCACGAGGGUGCCGAUUUCUCCGAGACCCUGACCCGCGCCAAGUUCGAGGAGCUGAACAACGACCUCUUCAAGAAGACUCUCAAGCCAGUCGAGCAGGUGCUCAAGGAUGCCAAGAUCAAGAAGAGCGACAUUGACGACAUUGUCCUUGUCGGUGGUUCCACUCGCAUUCCCAAGGUCCAGGCCAUGUUGGAGGAGUACUUUGGCAAGAAGGCCAGUAAGGGUAUCAACCCCGACGAGGCUGUUGCGUACGGUGCCGCCGUCCAAGGUGGUGUGUUGUCAGGCGAGGCCGCGGCUCAGGAUGUCGUACUUAUGGAUGUCAACCCGCUUACUCUUGGAAUCGAGACCACCGGCGGAGUCAUGACCCACCUCAUCAAGCGCGGCACUACCAUCCCCACCAAGAAGAGCCAGAUCUUCUCUACCGCCGCCGACAACCAGCCCACCGUUUUGAUCCAGGUAUUCGAAGGGGAACGAUCUAUGACGAAGGAUAACAACCAGCUCGGCAAGUUCGAGCUUAACGGAAUUCCUGCUGCUCCUCGCGGCCAGCCACAGAUCGAGGUUACUUUCGAAUUGGACGCCAACGGUAUCCUGCGUGUGUCUGCGGGCGACAAGGGCACCGGCAAGAGCGAGUCUAUUACCAUCACCAACGACAAGGGCCGUCUCAGCGCCGAGGACAUCGAGCGCAUGGUUGAGGAGGCCGAGAAGUACGCCGAUGAGGACAAGGCUACCCGCGCUCGCAUCGAGUCACGCAACAGCCUGGAGAACUACGCCUUCAGCUUGAAGAACCAGGCCAACGAUGAAGAUGGUCUUGGUGGCAAGAUCGAUGAAGACGACAAGGAGACCCUUCUCGAGGCUGUCAAGGAGGCCGUCGACUGGCUCGAGGAGAACUCUCAGACCGCCACCGCCGAGGACUUUGACGAGCAGAGGCAGAAGCUUUCCGACGUCGCCUACCCAAUCACCUCCAAGCUCUACCCAGAGUCUGGUGGUGCUGGAGGUAUGCCCGAUUACGAUGAGCCAUCUGGUCACGAUGAGCUCUAG